AUGGGUCCGGGAGGCAGGUCCCGACACGACUACCUGGAGGAUGGCCGAGGUCAAGUGAUGAAGAGUUCCGAGACUAAAGGCCUGCCUUCUGCAGAGGCCGGACUUCGCCGUUCGGAGACGCCGGUCACUCCACCGUCAAGUCCUUUGGUCGGUAUGGCAACCGACAACAGAUGGUCGGACGAAAGAGGCUGUUGUCUGUUGCCGGAGAGCAGACAAAUGGGACGUCAUGUGCCUGCGGACACGCCGCGAAUCGGUGAAAUGGACACGAUGAAUGUGGAGGCGUUGAAGCCGUCGAAACUAGCAACUACCAGCAGACCUCGCCGAAGGGUUCGAAGUCUCGAGGCAGUCCGCUGGGCGGGCGCCGUCAAAAGGCGUGGCUGUCUCGAAGACGUCGGUGGACCGAGUGAAGAACAGAAGACGAUCGUAAUUGCGGUAGGUCGUGUUUAUGAGACAACUCAACCUGUGAUAAAGUAG